CGUUCAUGUUGAAUUCCCAUCCCACUCCUUCAAUAAUUCCCCCCAGCAUAACCAUCGAAGAAACCGUCCUAUCUCUUCGGCUUGCGGUCAGAUACGAGUAAUCGCAAUGGCUGUCAGCGAAAUUGUCACCGACCCAACCCUGCAGAGCGUUCUUGAAGCUGCAGAACGAGCGCGGAAACAAUGCAUCGAACUCCUUCAACUGCUUGAGCAAUCAUCCGAAUCCACCGAUAGUUCCACACCAGAGUUCGAGUCAGAGCUGUCCACGCAACAGAAAAGCGUCUUUGCUCGGCUGUCGCAACUGCGAGCCAUCAAUCGCAAUGCCAUCAUCGGGGUUCGCCAAACGAAACAAGCGACAGCGGAUGCCCGGCAUGAAGUCGAUAUGUUGCAUUUGCAGUUGCAAAAUCUGUACUACGAGCAACGGCAUCUGAGAGGCGAGAUCGCAGCAUGUGAAGCCUAUGAUCACAAAUACCAACAACUACCACUCAUUCCGGUCGAAGACUUCCUUCAGCAGUGUCCAGAACAUCAAACCGACGACGAACAUGAGCUUAUGAUUGCGCGAAUUAAUCACGAGCAUGCAGAGCGACAGGCCCUUGAGGAGACGCGACAAGGACUACUGAAGGAGAAGCAAGGCCUCAUUGCGGAGAACAAGAAGCGGAAGGAUGACCUGGCAAACAUUGACAAGGAUUUGGAGAAGUUCAUUGAGGCCGCCACGCCGAUUAUCAAGACCUUUGAGAAGGAAUACUGAGGGCUACGUGCGUGUCUGAGUAUUAUGCCUCACGCUUGGCCUCGAAUACGACGAAUGUAUGAGUUGCACAUCCAGCCAAGGUUUAGGAGAAAUGUACGGAUUAGCAUUUAUCCAGCUGCGAUUUUGAAUGCUAGACCGUGUGGGAAGUGCGAUGAUCGAAAACAGCGCUCAAGAUGCAUCGCUACCAGCUAGAAAUUUCGAAGAAAUCGUUCGUAAAACUCUUCUGCGAACAACAAUCUUUGCCCAGAUGGUUCCCAUUCGAGGCCCAACCCAUCCCAGACCAAG